CAGCACGCCUUUCUCCUCUGAUGCGAUGUACCGGUGGAAGUAGCGGGCUCAUUGCUGAAGAACAUGUACUCCUGUUCUACAUCGAUGAGUUGGAGGAACAGAGUGGUGGAUGUGGAGGUACACAUGAGAGGAGCAGUUGAAGACCUGCCACUUGUUAGACGUGCACUGGGAUCAUGCAAUGGCAGGGAGCUUAGGCUCAUGAAGGUCGUAGCU